AUGGUUCGUUUUUCGUCCUUCUUUGCGCAGCUGCUGGCUGUCGUCGCGGCCGGAGAGCUUGCCGACGCUGACGCUGCCGCCACGUCGGCCGUCGUGUCCAGCCUCCAUGGCUCAAAAAAAGUUGCCUGUGGGCUGCUGAGCUUUAGAUACCCUGGACAAACUUUUUUCGCCGGUUCCGACGGCUACACGUACGAGACGCGGACCCAGUACUGGUCCGCGAGGGCCUACGACACCCCCGCCUGCGUCUUCGUGCCCCAGAACGCCCAGCAGGCCUCCUUCGCCGUCGCCACGCUCACUCUGAGCCUGACGCAGUUUGCUGUCCGCAGCGGCGGCCAUAUACCGGUGGUCGGCUACAACAGCAUCGGCUCGUCGGGCGUCCUGCUGUCGACCUCGAACCUGACUGUGCUGGCACUCUCCGAGGAUACGAACACCGUCUCAGUCGGCGCCGGCCUCAGGUGGAGGGAGGUAUACUCCUAUCUCUCAGGCUCGGGACUCGCCGCUGUCGGGGGUCGCAUCGGCGGCGUCGGUGUCUCCGGCCUGCUGCUCGGGGGCGGCAUCUCCUUCUGCUCGAAUCAGUACGGCUUCGCUGCAGACAACUUCGUCCGCUACCAGGCGGUCUUGUCGAGCGGCGCCAUUGUCGAGGCGACCGCCACCAACGCCUACUCAGACCUCUUCUGGGCCCUGAAGGGCGGCGGCAACUCGUUCGCCAUCGUCACGCGCUUCGAUCUGAAGACUGUCAACUCCCCCAAGGUCUGGGUCGGUAUCUCGCAGUACGCGCAGCCCGACAGCGCCAAGUACUUGGACGCUGUUUACAACUUUGGCAAGUACGGCUCGGCGGACGGCAAGGCGGCCAUCAUCCCCACCAUCCUUGCUUACCCGUCAUACAACAUCACCGCCUACGCGGCAGCUCGGUUCUACGAUUCCGUUACCAACUCAGCUACGGCAUUCGAGAACUUCACCUCGCCCGUCCUCACGCCCGUGGAUGAUUCGUAUGCGCUGCAGCCCCUAGCGGACUACGUCAGUGCCGCCGGCGCCCUGCAGCCAACCGGUCUUCGUCAAGAGUUCCGCGUCCUGUCUCUAGUCGUUGACCGCGACGCCGUCGAAUACGUCCACAACGCCUUCCUCGCCGCCACCAGCUCCAAGCUCACGGGCGUCGUCGGUCUCUCUGCCUCCAUCACCUUCCAGCCCAUCACCAAGGAGUUCAUCCAGCAGGGCAUCGCCAAGGGUGGCAACCCGCAGGGUGUGGACCCGGCCAAGGCCCCCUACUUCUGGGUUGUCGAAAAUCUAACGUGGCAGGAGGCCAAGGACGAUGAGGCGGCCCAGUCGUUUGCCGACACCGUCACGGCCGAUAUGGAAGCGGGCCUGGAAGCCAGGGGCGUCGCGGGCGGGUACAUGUACCUGAACGAUGCAGGCAAGGGGCAAAAGAUAUUUCAGAGUUACCCGGCGGCGAACCUCGCGAAGCUCAAGGCUAUCCGUACCAAGUAUGACCCGUUGAGGAUUUAUACCAACCUCCUGGUUGGAGACUGGAAAGUUCUUGAUGCCUGA